AUCUGGCAUAGGGACCUCUGUUGCGUUGCUUUGCUGGUGCUUUGUCCAAGUCGUCGUCGGUUUCUGAGAGAAUUACAGGCUGUGAUUCAGAGUUAUAUAGAGGUGAUUUAGUAGUGGUUUGUUUGUUUGGUUUCGUCGUUGAAGAAAACUAAGAAAGGAAGAAGAAAUUGAAGGGAGAAAGAUGGAGUGGCCCCCGUAUUUGGAUGAAUAUGAAAAGCUUGUGAUUCGAAUGACAACCCCGAGAGUCAUGAUCGACAAUGCUGCUUGCGCCAACUCAACUCGUGUCUCGGUUGAUAGUGCGAGAAAACAUGGAAUUCUACUAGAGGCAGUCCAAGUUCUUACAGAUCUGAAUCUUUCAAUUAAGAAGGCUUAUAUUUGCUCCGAUGGAAGGUGGUUCAUGGACGUUUUUCAUGUGACUGAUUUAAAUGGCAACAAAUUAACGGACGAGAGUGUCAUCAACUGCAUUGAACAGUCAUUGGGUUCAAUUCAUUAUACGAGAUCGAAAUGCUUUGAUGGCUUGACAGCGUUGGAAUUAACUGGGACUGACAGAGUCGGCCUGUUAUCUGAAGUUUUUGCGGUGCUAGCUGAUCUGCAAUGCAAUGUGGUUGAGUCUAAGAUGUGGACGCACAAUGGCCGAAUUGCUUCCCUCAUUUACCUUAAAGAUAAUGAUUCGGGAUUCCCAAUAGAGGAUUCUCAGAAAAUCGAAAGAAUUGAAGCACGGCUAAGGAAUGUGCUUAAGGGUGACAAUGAUAUUCGAAGUGCCAAGACUACAGUAUCUAUGGAUGUAACACAUACGGAAAGAAGACUUCAUCAAAUGAUGUUUGCAGAUCGUGAUUAUGAAAGGAAGCCAAUAAUUAGGACUAGUGGUGAUUCCCCAAUGGUGACGGUUCAGGAUAGUUUGGAGAGGGGUUAUUCGGUUGUAAAUGUUCAGUGCAAAGAUCGAAUGAAGCUUCUGUUUGAUAUUGUGUGCACAUUGACAGAUAUGGAAUAUGUUGUGUUUCAUGCCACUAUCAACACAGCAGGGGACAGAGCAUACUUGGAGUUCUUCAUUAGGCACACAGAUGGAACCCCAAUUAGUUCAGAGGCCGAAAAGCAACGAGUGAUUUUAUGCCUACAAGCCGCCAUUGAAAGAAGAGCAUCCGAGGGUGUAAGGUUAGAGCUAUGCACAUCCGAUCGACAAGGACUACUAGCAGAUGUGACACGAACCUUCCGAGAAAAUGGUCUUAAUGUGACAAGGGCUGAGAUCUCCACGACAGGAGGUACGGCUCUAAAUGUAUUCUACGUUACAGAUGCAAUUGGGAAUCCAGCCGAUCCAAAACUCAUCGAAGCGGUCCGAGAGAGAAUUGGAUUGAGUAACUUAAAAGUGAAGGAGCUGCCGUUGAUAAAUCAUCAAAAGGCAGAAAGGGAAGAACCCGCAGUGGGUGUUGGUGGGGCCGUGUUGCUGUCACUUGGAAGCCUAGUGAGAAGGAAUCUACACAAUUUGGGAUUGAUCAGAUCAUGAUUCCCAUUCCUGAAUGAACAACACAAUCACAAAAAGGGAGUUUGUCAGGGGGAUUUGUCCACCCCUUGUUGACAUUUGGCAUAUACUUUGCUUCAGAGUUGGGCAUAUGUACAUAGGAGAGAGAAUUAAAGGGUGGGAUUUGGUGAUAGUAGUUGUUACAGUUGGGGUUUGAUUGGUUGAAUAGUUAGACACACACACACAGUAGGUGGAAGAAAUGGGGGCCACUCCCACCAUUUCAAAUUGUUUGUAUUAAGAAGAAUUUGAAUUUAGAAGAGGGAGACAGACAAAGUAAAAAGUGUUGGUGGAAGGGGUUGUGGUUGUAAAUUGCCUGUUGCUGGCUGUCUGGCAGAGAGAGAAGAAGAUUAGGUAGCAGAAAAGGAAGUUGGUUUCACACAGCACACAUUUGUAUCUUGUACAUAUCUACUACUUU